UGCCCUGGUAUUUCUAUAAAAGAAACUUUAAAGGAUGAGACUAGAAAUGCUUAUAUUAAGCUGAUCAACUAAUUUAAACAUUAGAACCAACCGCACAUAUUUGAUUGUACAUUUUUUUUCUCUCUAUUUUCAUACAGCUUGUCAAGAAAUGGCAACAAGAACAUGUAAUUUUUAUUUCCUCUUAAUCUUUACAUUUCUAUUCAAUCUUUCAUCUUCUUCUUCAACUGAUUCAUUCGUCUUCGGAGGCUGCACUCAACAAGUAUACACACCGGACUCACCUUAUGAGUCAAACAUCAACUCGCUUCUAACUUCACUUGUCAACUCGGCCACCUACACUUCCUACAACAACUUCACAAUCAUGGGCUCCACCCCUCAGGACAUAGUUUACGGCCUUUUCCAGUGUCGCGGCGACCUUUCCAUGCCAGAUUGCGCCACCUGCGUAGCUCGAGCAGUGAGUCAACUCGGUUCUUUAUGCUCCAAUACAUGCGGGGGUGCUCUUCAGCUUCAAGGCUGUUAUGUCAAGUAUGAUAAUUCUACAUUUUUGGGUGUGGAGGAUAAGACUGUUGUGUUGAAGAAAUGUGGGCCGUCCAUUGGGUAUGAUACGGAUUCUAUGACUAUUAGAGAUGCUGUGCUCACGGGCCUGGUUCGGACCGGUGGACCGUAUCGGGUUGGUGGGUCUGGCCAGGUUCAGGGUUUGGCUCAAUGUGUUGGGGAUUUGAGUAUCGGAGAGUGUCAGGAUUGUUUGUCCGAGGCCAUCGGACGGUUGAAAUCCGAUUGCGGGACCGCCGUCUACGGUGAUAUGUUCUUGGCUAAGUGCUAUGCUAGAUACUCCACCGGUGGUGCUCAUGUUUACACCAAGACUCAUAAUGAUAAAUCAAUCAAUGAGGGAGAGAAGACAUUUGCAAUUAUCAUUGGCUUAUUAGCUGGAGUAGCUCUAAUUAUCAUUUUCCUCAUUUUCAUAAGAAAGAUUUGUGAAGGAGGAGGUAAAUAACACAACAUGAACUACAACUUUUUCAGACUCUUGGGACAGUUCAAUGCUCAAGUGAUUUGCUUUAGGAGCUCUUUAAAUUUGCUAGCCUUUUUAAUUCUUGAUAUUAAUUAAUUCAACUUUCUUCUAUUUCUAUUUCUCUUUUGUUAAGAUUUGUUUUUUAAAAUAUUAAUAAAAAAAGAAUACAUAUGGCCAUGCAUGAAUCAGAAAAGAUCAAAGUUAUAAAGAAGGCUAAGAUUCCAAUAUCUUCUCCAGUCUCUCACUUGACAAAGUUGUAUUGUCCAAUUGUGCAAAAAAUAUGAAAAAAAAUUAUGUUAUGAUUCUUUUUGCAAA